GAUUCUCCAUCUAGCACAACCUUGGUUAGCUCCGCCUUGAGCUUUUAUGACUUAACCCUUGUCUGAAUGCGCUCACUGCUUCACCAACCUGCUAUCCUACGCAUUCCUCUCCCGGUUCAUUCUCUAAACCUGCGCACCAUGGCCACAGCCUCCUCCUCCUCCUCCUCUUCGUUGCUCUUCCCAUCCGUAUCUCUCAACAAACUCUCCAGCUCCAGGAAUGCUUCCUCCCUCGGAUUCUCCGUCACGCGAUCUAGAGUUUCAAUGAGCCUCUCCACUGAGUCUCAGACUGCGAUCAACGACUCUUUGUUCGCCCAUUACAAACCCUCCUCUGCUUUUCUCUUUCCUGGUCAGGGAGCUCAAGCGAUAGGGAUGGGCAAAGAGGCUCAGAGUGUUGCUGCAGCUGCAGACUUGUAUACGAAAGCUAACCAUAUCUUGGGGUAUGAUCUUCUUGACAUUUGUGUUAAUGGACCAAAAGAGAAGCUUGAUUCCACUGUCAUUAGCCAGCCUGCUAUUUAUGUCACAAGUCUAGCAGCAGUUGAACUACUUCGUGUUCGUGAAGGCGGCGAGCAAAUAAUAAACUCUGUUGAUGUGACUUGUGGUCUCAGCUUAGGAGAGUACACUGCUCUCGCAUUUGCUGGAGCCUUCAGUUUUGAGGAUGGGCUUAAGCUUGUAAAACUUAGAGGGGAAGCCAUGCAGGCUGCUGCGGAUGCUGCUAAGAGUGCAAUGGUUAGUAUCAUAGGGUUGGACUCAGAAAAAGUCCAGCAGUUGUGCGAUGCAGCAAAUCAAGAAGUAGACGAAGCUGACAAAGUUCAGAUCGCAAAUUACUUAUGUCCGGGUAACUACGCAGUCUCUGGAGGUCUCAAAGGAAUCGAAGUUGUUGAAGCCAAAGCUAAGUCAUUCAAGGCCCGAAUGACGGUUCGUCUAGCAGUUGCGGGUGCUUUCCACACAAGCUUCAUGGAACCAGCAGUGUCGAGAUUAGAAGCUGCAUUGGCAGCAACGGAGAUCAGGAGUCCUAGGAUCCCAGUGAUCUCCAACGUCGAUGCACAGCCUCAUGCAGAUCCAGACACGAUCAAGAAGAUACUUGCACGCCAGAUAAAAACAAAGACUCAAAAGGGUGUUGAAAACCGCCAGGUUACAUCUCCAGUGCAAUGGGAGACAACAGUGAAGACACUCUUAUCCAAAGGACUUAAAAGCAGCUAUGAAUUGGGACCUGGAAAGGUGAUUGCUGGGAUAUUCAAGAGAGUGGAUAAAAGCGCCAGUGUUGAAAAUAUCAAUGCUUGAGACUCUGGCUAGCUUUUUGUUCAUGUUGUAUUUUGAGUUGAGGAUCAGUAAUAAACUAAUAAUAAGUAAAUUAAGUCUUAUUAUGUAUGUGGAAUCUCUCUGGUGUUUUCAUUGUUUGGAAUUCAAAGUUUUGUUUGUAUCAAAUAUAUAUGUAACAGUUAGCACGAUAUAUGUUUGAAAUAUUUUGAUUUGAAGUUUCA